UCUGCGCUGGAAAUUAAUAGAAAGCCACUCUCUACAAUGGCCGACAAGUUCGAGGCUCUCGAACAGCAGUUGGAGUUGUUUAUAGAAAACACACGACAGAUUGGUAUUGUUGUGAGCGAUUUUCAGCCUCAGGGACAGAAUGUACUUAAUCAAAAAUUAAAUACCAUGGUGGUGGAGAUGCAGGAACUGGAUAAGCUUCGCACUCAGCUUCAGGAUGUUCAUGUCCCACUAGAGGUUUUUGAUUACAUUGACCAAGGUCGGAAUCCAAACCUGUACACAAGAGACUGUCUUGAAAAAGCAUUGGCUAAGAAUGAGCUUGUCAAGGGCAAGGUGGAUAACCUAAAGAAAUUCAAGGCUUUGCUGAUGGUAGAACUGAACAAAGUGUUCCCCAAUGAGAUGAACAUGUACCGAGCACUAAAAGGCAAUGACAGAUCUACGUAGCACAGCCCGUACAGUUGGAUCAAGUCCUGUAACAGCAUUCUGAUCGGUUGUGUGAGAUAAAGCCUCUAGUCAAAAACGACAUUAAGGGCAGAGUUAAGCAACCACAGAGGAAGGAAGUGACAGUUGUUCAAGGCAAGGAGUGAAAAGUGUUAUUAAAAAAACUUGUUCCAGUUUCCUUGUCUUAGCACAGCCAGCUGGUGCAGCAAAAGCACUGCACGCCAUGGUUUGCUAAUUGUCUUCCACUGCAAUAGUUUAUGCCAGUGUAAGCAUUUCUGGAACUAGCCACUUUGAAACAAAUCAAUGCUGUAAAAUCAUUCUUUGGAUUUUUUUCACAUUUUAUUUUAAUUUAUACAUGUUCCAUUUGUAAUUGUUCCAAUCUUGAUGCUCACAAGUUAGUUGUAGAUGAAGAGGCAAAUCUAAGCUUGUGAUGUUGUAGAGUGCAAGAAAGUUUAGGCCAAUCAUGUUUCACAGCAGAAGAUUGCUUUACUUCUGUGUCCAUCCUGCAGGUGUUUUUCUUUCUCCCCAUUCACUUCUGAUGGUUUAAUAGUGCAGCAACUACACCCUUGUCACCAAGACGUUUAUUCAGAAUUUUAUUAUGCAUUCAGAUCUCCUCUCCAAGUGCUAAGUGUUUGAGUCUAAGUUUUAGUUGCAGGCUGCAGUGACCAGUGGUGCACUCUCUGUUUAGCUCUAAUCUGUUUUUUCUGAUAAUUUUUUCCAGACUUCUUUUCUUUUUGAUAACAAAACUGUGCAAACAAAAAAACAAUGAUAACUCUUACAAAUGUUAAGCUCUGAGCAGCUUGAAAAGAAUCUUUUCUUGAUGGUUAUUUUGUGCCAUCUUAUGAGCUGGAAACAUUGAGCUGUACACGUGAUAAGGUACAGUAUUAACUUUCUUCAUCAUAACAAGGAACUGGCAGUUCAUAGAGCCUAACAGUGCCAUUCUGCUAACAAAAAAGAAAAGUUUGAUAAACAUUCUACUUCUAAUGUGCCAUGAUCAUGUAGCAGAAACCUCUACAUGUAUCCAACAGCAUGUACAUGUUUUGUUUUAUUGUUUUUCUUUAACAUUGGUUCUUCAGACAUUUAGAUGGGUCAUUAAAAAGUUCGGGAAGCUUGAUGUUAUUCAAGUAUAACUAUUGCAUUACAGUGAUAACUUAAGUUCUAAUAAAAACAAAUGUGAAAAGAUG